CCACAAUACGCUUCGGUAAACCAGGAAGCGGAAGUAAACAGUGAGAAAUCCAUGUGGUGGAAGCGCAGGAAUUUUAAACACUGAUGUUGUACACUUUCAGUGAAUGUGAGGUGGAGUUCUGACUACUGUGGACCUCUCCACUGCAGCCUGAGCCCGAUGUCAUACCCCACACCUCUGUUCGGCCAUGUUGGGCGCGGUACCUUUGUUGAUGUCUAUGAGCCUGCAGAGGACUCUUUCCUGUUGAUAGAUGCUUUAGAGCAGGAUGCCAAUCGACUGCAACUCCUCAGACCCACCAUUUGUCUGGAGAUUGGCUGUGGGUCAGGAGUGGUGUCUGCUUUCCUGGCCACAGUGACUGGCCCAGAAGCCCUGUACCUAUGUACUGAUGUGAAUCCAGCAGCAGCUGAGUGUGCUGCUGAGACAGCUGUCUGCAAUGGCGUCAGCCUGCAGCCAGUCAUCACAGAUUUGGUUGAAUCGUUUCUCCCGAGGCUCAGUGGCGAAGUGGAUAUCCUUCUGUUCAACCCGCCAUACGUCGUCACUCCUCCUGAGGAGGUCGGUGGGCGUGGCAUUGAAGCGGCCUGGGCUGGUGGUGACCGUGGUCGCGUGGUGAUGGACAGACUUUUCCCCAUGGUAACCCAGCUGCUGUCCAGCCAGGGCCUCUUUUACCUGGUCACAAUAGCAGAGAAUGACCCAGAAGAAAUAUUGCGUGUACUGGCAGGAUUCGGCCUGCAGGGGGAGGUGUGUCUGGCUCGGCGAGCAGGGAGUGAACGGCUGUCCAUCCUACGCUUCAGUCGAGCACCGUCAGAGUCGCACGUGGCUGGAUCUGUGAGCUGAGGAGGCAAUGUGCCGCCAAGAUUCCCAAAAGCUAGAGGAGCGACAGGACUCGGAGAGCACUGAGCUGGAUUCCAUCAAAAGAGUGUGUGUUUGAGAACAAUGCACCCUCUUCACACACCUCAAUGUUUGAGAUGUUCCAGCUGUAUCACAGUGGACUAAGCAUGUGUGGAUUUCACCUCCAAGCUCCAGCUAAACAGACUGUCAGGCAUUGGGGUUGCCCUUCUCCACCCUGCAGUAGUCAUGGGAUGAAUGGAAAUACCACCCUCUGUAGGCUGACUGUGGGAGAUGCCAAAACUCAUCUGACAUGGACAGUGCAGCCAUAUGCUACCCUCAUAAUUCUUUUGAGAGGUAACGGCAUGAAGUUGUAGUUGAGGCACCUGACGUGCUCUAAAAAUGGGAGUCAGGUCAUGUCUAUAUCAGGAUUCAUUGACUAGAUCUUUUGCCGAAACAAUAAAUAACUGAAACUC